AUGUCUGAAGCACCACAGCUUCCCGGAUACUUUUAUGAUAGCGAAAAGAGAAAAUAUUUUAAAAUACAGGCAAACGUACCAUCAAGCUCCGCGUACUCAUCUCAAGACGUCAAGAGACGCAAGCUUGACGAUGCAGACAAACAAGCCCAAUCUUUGAGAGUUCAACGGAAUGUUGGCCGUAUUAAGAGAGCGAGAAUUCUUAAGGACCCUAUUGCUGGUGGCUUCUUAUCUGUCGGGUUCGGACAAUCUGGCCUGGAUGCCAUUGCUACUUCCGUUUAUGCUCACAGCCUUUGCAAUAUUGGCGAUUUCCGGUUACUACGCGGUACAGCUGGAUUAUUUGAGGUGAUACCCCAAAGGUCCGAGAUAUGCGACACUUCAGUCCGCUUUACCACUACUUCCGGCCCAGGAAUUCGUCACCACUCGGUUGACUUCGAAACAGUGGCAACAAGUGCACGACCGGCGAUGGAUGUAUCUAGGAUUGACACGAAUCCCACUAGAAUUCAGGGAGUAUCUACCCCGUUUCUCAGAAAUAUUUAUGAGCAACAAUUCACUUCGCUCAGUGUCAAUGAGACACAUGGACAUGUUGCGACUACAUGGUCAGGUGCUGCUGCAGAUGCAGGAAUUGCGAUCAGUCCUUGCCUCCAAACUUGGAACAAUUUAUCCUCAGCCCAGGCGCAACAUGCUGCACGCACCGACAUAGUCAUCGGCCCAGGGGAAGCGCGAGGCAAAGUCGAUAUUCUUUCGUCUACCUCAGCACCUCCAACUUCACAAUAUACCUUUGCUAUCGGUUCGAGCAAAGGCGUUCUUCUGAUCGACAGAAAUCUCGAUACAUCUUGGAUUCGGCAGCAACCCUUCGAAAAUUCAGACAGUUAUCCUAGGGAUGUAUUUGCAUUGGAUUUUCUUCCAAAUCACAAGGAUAUUCUUCUAACGGGUGAACGAAGAGGCAUUCUCAGCAUCACAGAUCUCCGGUCGUCUCAUCAAGGGCUUAAGUCAGGGAAAAUCAAACAUACAAGUUGUAUCACGCAUAUCAAGCCUCUCGACGAACAUCGUAUUCUUGUUGCAGGCUGUGCGUCCGAUCUUUGCCAGUACGAUACCCGAUUUAUAAAGCCAAAUACUUUUAACGCUCCAUGUAUCAAAGGUAAAGAAAGAAGGUCUGAAUACGUCUCCGCCACAAAGUCUUGUCUGUCCUAUCCGGACUAUGUAACCGAUGGUUACUUGAUUAUCGGACUGGACGUUGACCUCGAACUUGGUGUUAUUGCAGUAGCGCAAAAUCACGAUAAAUGUAUUAAGCUGUUUUCUUUACAUGGAGGACAUAUCCUACCUACACGUCCGGGAUUUGGUAUUUAUGAAGACGAUGAUGAACUUCACUUUCUUGAGCCUUUCGUGGGCCAUCUAAAAUUUGUACAAGAUACGCCGAAUGCACCUAAGAGUUUGUGGGCGGCGACUCAGAGGCGGUUGAUGAGAUUCUCGAUUGACCGAAGAGAAACGCUAUUAUCAUAG